AUGGUACGAGCUACAAGGAGCUCCGCCGCAAAAGGCAGAGCGGCGCAGGUACUACCAACCACUGGUAAAGAUUCAGUACAGCUUUCCAGUCCACCCACGACACCAGAAGCACCCGACCCUCGAAAGAGGAAAGCUAUCAAGGCGGAAGUCUCACCAGAAACCGAAACCAAGGAUGCGCCUGUUGCACCCAAGAGCGCCAAACGUACCAAGAAGUCUGCGGUAAAACAAGAGGAUAUCAACGAACUUACGCAUAGCUUUGGUGCUAUUCCAGAGCUUCCUGUCAAGCAAGAAGAUGGCGAUGACGUCAAAACAGACUCGGCAAAGAAGACAAAAAAAGCAACUAAGAAAGCGAGUAUGAAGAAAGAGGACGCUGGCGAUAUUGUUGACAAAGCAACUACCACAACUCCAAAUAAGAAGAGCAAGGGCAAGAUUGGUGGCUAUGGCCUAACGCCUGGCCAAACGCCAUACCCGAACUACCCACACCCAACUGCAGAAGAAUGUGAAGAAGUCACACGUCUCUUGUCGAAAGUGCACGGCAAGAUAGAAGCUCCAAAGACUGUUCCCGCUCCGUCGCUCGAUGUCUCAGGAUGUGGAGAAGUACCCUCAGUCCUCGACGCUCUUAUCCGAACACGUCUUUCUGCUGCAACGUCUGGAACAAACUCAUCUCGCGCUUUUGCGGGCCUUGUUGCCAAAUUUGGGAUUUUAAAAGAAGGCGUUGGCAAAGGCAGUGUCGACUGGAACAAAGUGCGCCAAGCCGACCAGAAAGAGAUAUUUGAAGCAAUCAAGAGUGGUGGACUAGCAGACGUCAAAAGCAAGGACAUUAAGAAGAUUCUACAAAUGGUCUGGGAGGAAAAUCAAGCGCGACGGAAAGAGCUUCAAUCUUCCUCUCAUAAAGCGCCUGGUUCCGCCAAUGAGGCGGAAGAGGAGAAGAACACAGAGAUCGAAAAGGCAAACCAGGAUGUCGUCUCUCUGGAUCAUCUGCAUCUACUCUCAAGCGAGGAUGCAUUCAACGCCCUCACCAAAUACCCUGGUAUUGGGCCAAAGACAGCAUCUUGUGUUCUUCUCUUCUGCCUUCAACGACCUUCAUUCGCUGUUGAUACGCACGUCUUCCGACUCUGCAAGUGGCUAGGUUGGGUACCCCCACCAGGCGAUUCCAGGGGCCUUGCUCCUGGCGCAAAAGGCACUUUUGCUGGUCCAACACGCAACUCGACAUACGCUCAUUGUGAAGUCAGAAUACCAGACCAUCUGAAGUACCAAUUACACUAUCUACUUAUAAAGCAUGGAAAGUCGUGCCCGAGAUGUCGAGCAAUCACGGGUGAGAGCAGCGAAGGGUGGGACAAGGGCUGUCCAAUCGAACAUCUAGUCCAGAGGACAGGCGGCCGCAAAGAUGCCGGUACAAGUUCAACGAAGGGAGGAAGCGCGAAGAAUUCUAAGAGAAGAAAGAGGGUGACUGAGGAAUACGAGAGUGAUGCUCAAAGCAGUGGUGUGAGUGACGCUGAGAGUGCUGAACUAAGUGACGUAGUAAGUGAUGCAGAAGUAGAGCAAUCUGGAGAAGAGCAGUCAGAAAGCGAUUACUGA